CGCCGCGCCCCAUUGGUCUGUUCUGAUUUGGGCACCAAAUUCAAAGAUUUUAAAAGUACCAGCUGGCGCCUUUUAAGAGCUAGGGCUCGGCGCAUCGGCUGGCGGGCCACCUCUUUCCUGUGGUCGCCGCCACCUCCCCUGCCCUGGAGCCCGAGUUUUCCGGCAUGAGCCGGCGCACCUGCAGUGAUCUGCGCCGGCCGUCCUCCUGUCCCUGCAGUCUUGGCGCGCGGACGACCGUGGACGGUUGUAAAGAAAAAAGCCCUGUUCUUUCUGUUACAAUGAAGUGUUUUAAUUGCAACCCUGAUCUUUCUGAGCUUGAAGUGGUGAAGCCUGAGGACAGUGGGAUAGAAGGUUCCUACAGUCCCGUGUGUUUGGAACCUUCCUGUGAGGACUGUGUUAGAAACCAUGAGAGGUUGUCUUUCGUCGAGUCACCAAUUGUGGAACAUGAUAACAAGGAAAAUCAACGUGUACGAAACACACUAGAUAAUUCAAACGAAACAGAAGAGCUAGAGACCAGUAGACUGUAUGAGGACAGUGGCUACUCAUCAUUCACACAAAGUGACCGUGAGGAUGGCAUCCUUAUCCUGGAGAAUUUCAGAAACAGUCCCCAGGCCCGUCUGCUGCCAUCGCAGAGCCCGGAUCAGCAUCCCAACAAAGCCUUGCUGCCUGUCCUGCAUUUUGAAAGAGUGGUUUGCUCAACAUUAAAAAAGAAUAGCAAGCGAAACUCUAAAGUGGAUCGAGAAAUGCUGAAGGAAGUUAUUGCCAGCGGAAACUUUAGACUGCAAAAUAUAAUUGGCAAGAAAAUGGGACUAGAACACCUAGAUAUCCUGGCUGAGCUCUCCCGGAGGGGAUUUAUGCACCUGUUGGCUAAUAUUUUGACGAAGCUCAGCGGCAUGGACUUAAUAAAUCUGUCUAAAGUGAGCAGAAUUUGGAAGAAGAUCCUGGAAAACAAUAAGGGAGCAUUCCAGCUCUACAGCAAAACCAUGCAGAGAGUCAUUGAAAGCAGUAAGUUGUCACUACAUGCUACAACUAGAGGAUAUGUUGUGGGCAGACCUGCACUAACUUCUAUUCAAAAGUCAUCGACCUGGGCACCUCCCAAAAAAGAUGCUCAAGUCAAGUCCUCCAGUCAGCGUGGUCAGAACGGUUCUACCUACAGCCGGCACAACGAGUUCGUGGAGGUGGCAAAGACAUUGAAGAACAACGAAAGCCUCAAAGCCUGUGUUCGCUGUAAUUUCCCUGCAAAAUAUGACCACUAUUUAGAGCGAGCAGUCUGCAAACGGGAAAGCUGUCAAUUCGAAUAUUGUACAAAGUGUCUGUGUGCUUACCAUAACAACAAAGACUGUUUGAAUAGCAAGAUCCUAAAAGCCAGCUGUAAAGUGGGUCCUUUGCCUGGAACUAAAAAGAGUAAAAAGAACUUACAAAGAUUGUGACCUUUCGUAAUCAACUGUGAGAUCUUGGCUACUUU